GUCUUUCAACUCUGUCCUGUCCAAAAUCACUUAUUAAUCCACAGUCAUGGUUUAGUGCUAAAUAUCCAGAGGCUGCCCACCACCCACUUCAUAUUCUUUCUUAGUCUCUUUAGUUCUUUUCUCCUUACACACACUUACUUCUUUCCCCUCCCCCCAUCCCUUCGCUUCCCCAUUUCCCAUUUUACUCCUCUUGUUUUUCAAUUGCCCCCCCUCUCCCCCCCCCUUCUUUCUCCAAACACACGGAGUGUGGAUGCAUCCGUGAGCCUCCCCCACCGCCGCGCGGAGAUGAGGCUAUCCCACUCGCUACUUUGACUCCCCCGCCCACCAUCGAUAUCCUUUCGAAUCUCGAUAUCAUCAUCCCUUCCUUUGAUCUCUUAUCUUCCUUUCGUCCAUUCUCUUCUGUCACGACCUCCAACCCCCUCCGAUCAACUCGAGAUGGGGCUCUUUGCCGGUCAUCAGCCCGUCGACCAUGCCGAGCUGGAUAAUUUCGGCGUCGACUGGGUCAUCCACUACUCAUUCGAAGAUCUCGAAAUCUCGCAGGCCAUUUCCGAGUUUCGAACUUUAGUCCACGACUUGGAGGAGGCGCAUCUGCAGGUCCAGGUUCGCCAUGGUUACGGACCCUCCCUGCUGGUCUUCAUUCGCGUUCCCCCUGAUCUCCUGGGGAACAUGGUCUACAAAUCUCGAGUCAAGGAUUGGUUACACGGCAUUAUCCAUGAGUUCCCUGCAGGCGACGAUCACACGGUGGUUGAGUCUGAGACUGCCGCGGAAGCCCUCCGGUCGGUCUAUCAUGCGGUGACUUGGCAGAAACACUUGGGAGGGGCGGGAAUCACCCCCAAAAUCGGCCAGUGGAAGAAUAUUCAGGCCGCCAUCCCUCUCCAGGACCGCGCCGCUAAUGCCGAACUCUUGCGCAAAUGGAGUAAGACGCUCAAUAUUACCGCCGAAGAUCUCGACGCUAUCCGGGCGCUGUUCGGCGAAAAGGUCGCUUUCUAUUUUGCCUUCAUCCACUGCUAUUCCACUUUUCUCGUCUUCCCCGCCGUCUGGGGCAUUUUCUGCUGGUUCUAUCUGGGCCCUUAUUCCAUCACUUGCGCUCUUGUCAACUGCCUCUGGUGUAUUAUCUUUGUUGAGUACUGGAAGACUCGCGAGAUUGAUUUGAGCCUACGGUGGAAUGUUCGGGAUGUCGGCAUUCUCAAGGUCAAUCGACCGGAAUGGGUGUGGGAUAAAGAAGUCCAAAACUCCGUUACAGGGGAGACGGUGAAGGUGUUUUCGACGCAAAAGCAGUUCCUCAGGCAGCUGCUACUUAUCCCCUUUGCGACCGUAGCUGCUCUAGCCUUGGGCACUUUGAUCAUCUUGUCAUUUGCUUCCGAGGUAUUGGUCUCCGAAAUAUAUACUGGUCCCUUUAAGGGCUACCUGGAGUUUCUUCCAACCAUCCUGUUCUCCCUCUCGCUGCCGUGGAUCACCAAUACGCUCACCGAGUUCGCCAAGCAGUUGACCGACUACGAAAAUUACCGCACGCAGGACCAGUACGAUGUCGCCCAGACUUCCAAGACCUUUGUCAUGCAUUUCAUCACCGCCUUCCUGCCUACCUUGCUGACUGCAUUUGUUUACGUGCCGUUUGGCACGAAGCUGGUCCCUUAUCUGGACGUCUUCCGCACUUAUGGCCUCAUGUCUGCUAAUCUUGCCAAGGAGAUUCACAUUGAUCCGGCCCGCCUUCAGCAAGAGGUAAUCUACUUGUCUGCGACCGCCCAACUGCUCAAUUUUGGCGAGGAGAUUGUGCUCCCCUACGUCAAGCAGACGCUAAUGCACAAGUGGCGCACCUAUCGCGACGGUCGCGAUGCCGCUCGCAUGCCUCGUCGUCAUUCCCAGCGGACUGAUUUGUUACUCGUCGAUGCACCCGAAGAGGCGGCAUUCCUUGCGCGUGUGCGCGAUGAAGUGGAAGCGGAUGAAUACAACGUUCAUGACGACACUUUGGAGAUGUGUGUACAGUUUGGAUAUCUGGCCCUUUUUGGAGUGGCCUGGCCCUUGGUGCCGCUCGGAUUCUUAGCCAACAACUGGCUAGAGCUGCGAGGCGACUUCUUCAAGCUCAGUCUGGAAUGCCAGCGACCCCCGCCGAUUCGGGCGGACUCGAUCGGCCCGUCUCUGCAGGGACUGGAAGUGCUUGCCUGGCUAGGAACGCUUUCCACGGCCGCGGUCGUUUAUCUAUAUCGUAAUAGCAUGGAAGGAGUGCAGUUCUCCUCCUUCCUGCUGACCCUGCUUCUGGCGGAGUGGGCGUAUCUUGGCGUCCGGUUUGUGGUUCAGACCGGCAUGGAAAGGAUUAGCUCCGUAACCCUCAAACGGGCAGAGGCCAAGCGGUACGGCAUGCGCAAGCGCUACCUCGAGGCUACGUCAGGCAAUGUUUCCCCGCGGGGCAAGCCGCGGGUCCGGUUCGAGGACAAGGUCAGUGUGUACACCACCGGUACCGAUGUGAGCACCAGUAAGGAGGGGCUUUUGCAGCCGGGACACGAUGGCCUGCACCAUGGACGCCAAUUCUGGUCAUGGGCACCUCAGGAGGCUGCUGAUGCUGGUGUACGCAUGAUCAAGGCAUUGAACACCACGAUGGACGGGUCGAGAACUGGGCCGACCAAGGUGGCCAAGGGAGCAUAG